CACAGAACUAACUCCCAAAAUGGAGGAAAGGUUGAAGGUGCAGAUGGAGAAAUCUCGUCGUUUCAGUGUCCAUUAUUCAAGUCCUGGAGUUUAUGAGAGCUACAGUUUUCCUAUCCAUCCGAUAACCAAUGUUGAUAUGUCUUCUUCGGAUUCUGCUUCUGAAUGUAUAUUACCUCCCCUUGCGAAGAGGCCCCCCGGGAGGCCUAGGGUGAAGCGGUUCAAGUCGGUUGGAGAGGUUGAAAAGAAGCUGAUUCGUUGUGGCCGUUGUGGCAAAAUGGGCACUCAUAACAAGUUGAGCUGCACUGAACCUCUCGUUCAGUAGUAGUAUAUGUUUCUGUAGAGAGUUUUUAGGUUUUGACUUUGUCUACUGGGGGGCAGUAAUUGGUUUAUUGGGGGCCAGUAAUUGUUUAUAUUCA